AUGUCCAGCAGCAAUCCCUUUGCUCCACAGGGCACAUCGGCCUCAGCCGCUGCCAGAGCUGCAUCGUCACCUGGGCCAACGUCGCAUCCCACCAGCCAGCCGCAACGCCCGCCAAAGAAGCGUAAGGGCCAUCGCGGCGGCAAGAAGAAGCGAUCGCGGCGGAAGAGCUUUGCGAUUCUGCAUGAGGACAGCCACGAUGAGCUGGGCGAGUCGUCGGGCAAUGGAUUCUACAAGGUGGCGCAGGCCAGCCUCAGCGGCACGAGCAUCGACAGCGAAGCGCUACUGGACCACAGAGAACAGCAUCCGAUGCGCGUACGGCGAUCAUCGACGGUAGUUGGGCCCGGCUCCUUUCAGAACCCCUUCUCGUCCGUCAGCGCCAGUCGCCUUCGGUCGAUGCAGACGGCGCAAAGCGGCGACGAAAGCCCUUCCGGUCGCUGGGACGAAAACUCUCCGCUAUUAUCAGAAACAGCAAGGCAUCCGGGAUCGCAGCAGGGCGUCUCCAGCUACGGCGCAAGCGAUACACGCCUCAACCGAAAUCGAAGCCGCAGAAACUCGAGCUCGUCUUCAAGGGCAAGGCUCAAGACGGCCUUUAGCUCAAAGGACAAAUACGAUGUUAACCACCCGCCCUCUAUCCCUGGCUCCCCGACAUUUGGCCCGACUGAUGGAAUGGACUUGAACUUUGGCGAUGUCAUGAUAAGAGAUGAGCUCGGAAUGGAGAGCGGCGAUGAGGCGCUCUCGGAAGCCGGGCAGGGCCGUGACCAUCGAACUAAUAGUGAAAUGAGACUGGCUCCUGAGGUCUCCGGCGACGUCUGCUUCCCCGGGCCCGGAAUGUCUGAUAUGGGCGAUGAUGAGAUUAGAUAUGAGACUCCGCGGUACAGAACACGUCGUCGCCGUGGUCGGUGGCCGGACCUGUCUGUGCUAGAAGACUGGAUGCGCUACGAAAAGGAAGAUCGCAGCGACGAGCGACGAGUAAAGAAGAUUACUGAGCCACAGCUAAUCAACGGCCGUCUGCGCCCGGUCCGAAAGGGCUGGUUUCAGACCGAUGAGGAAGCGCCUUACAGAUUCACCUAUUUCAACGAAGAAUUCCAGAGCACAGUCCACAGCCAGACCAUCUCAGAGCUCGUUCAGCAAGGCAGCGAUUUCCAGGAAUUAUUCAUUCCUGAGCCGCGCGUCUUGUCGUCUGACGAAGAAAGCGAUUCGGAGGAUGUCAUUUCCCAGCCAUCCAAAGCGCGAUAUUCCGCAGAUGGCUUCGAAGGUGAUACGAAAACCUCUACGCGGCAAGCCUCUUUCGACAAUAGGAGAGAUGAUUUUAUGUCGCCGCUUGCUCGAGGCGAAACCAAUAGUAGCUCAAGGUCUGCCUCGGUUCGUGGUGGAAACAAGUCCCCCGACAAUCAUCUUGCCCCCAAGACUAGCAACACAGAGGUGCCGAAAAUUUCUGAAAAGCAAGUUCGAUAUGGAGAGAGACCCGUGUGGUGGCUUGACAUACUCUGUCCGACAGAGGAUGAGAUGAAGGUCCUGGCAAAAGCCUUUGGCAUUCACCCCCUAACAGCCGAAGACGUCAUGCUACAAGAGGCUCGCGAGAAGGUCGAGCUAUUUCGACACUACUACUUUGUCAAUUACCGCACCUUUGAUCAGGACAUCCACAGCGAAAACUUUUUGGAGCCCGUCAAUAUGUACGUCAUCGUCUUCCGCGAGGGAGUCUUGAGCUUUCAUUUCUCGCCCACGCCACAUCCGGCCAAUGUCCGUCGACGAAUACGACAACUGCGGGACUAUUUGAUUCUCUCGUCGGAUUGGAUCUCGUAUGCUAUUAUUGACGACAUCACCGACGUUUUCCAGCCUCUCAUUCAGAACAUUGAGGAUGAGGUCGACGAAAUCGACGAGGCCAUCUUGCAGCUGCACACAUCGUCCGACAAGCGACUGCAGGAUGAAAAAUCUACCAAACUUGACGAUGCCACGACCAUUGCGGACUCGAGUGGCGACAUGCUUCGACGUGUUGGCGAUUGCCGGAAACGCGUCAUGAGUCUGUAUCGAUUACUGGGCAAUAAGGCGGAUGUAAUCAAGGGAUUUGCAAAGCGCUGCAACGAGCGAUGGGAGGUUGCUCCAAGGUCAGAAAUUGGCCUCUAUCUUGGCGAUAUUCAAGAUCAUAUCGUGACUAUGACCUCUAAUCUUAGUCACUAUGAGAAGAUAUUGGCUCGAUCUCACGGAAAUUAUCUAGCGCAGAUUAACAUUCGUAUGAAUGAGCGACAGGAGCAGACCGCCGAUGUGCUCGGCAAGCUCACCGUCCUAGGAACCAUUGUUCUCCCCAUGAACAUCAUCACCGGUCUCUGGGGAAUGAACGUGUGGGUGCCAGGGCAGGAUAUCGAAGGUGACCUCACCUGGUUUAUGUGCAUCACCGCCGGCUUGCUCUUUUUCGGGCUGGCGUGUUAUUGGAUUGCAAAGAGGGUGUAUAACAUUGUUUGA